AUGGUCCAAAUGGACUGCUUCUUUCUUGCCACCGAAAAGGAAGAAGAGGUGGAAGAUGAGUCACGUUUGGUCUCCGUGCGGGAGUCGCCGCCCAAGCAGCACCAAAGCCAAGGCGCUGUAGAGUCCAUGAAUGGAUUUGUUGCAUCACAGAUCAGAGCUCUAUGGAUGGAUGUCCGGACUCGGUACCCCGAACUGGAUGUCAGUUGCAAUUUGACCCCGUGGCUAGUGCGCCAUGCAGCAUGGCUCAUAGCUCGUUAUCACACAAGAUCACGUGAUGGUCUCACUCCAUACAGAAGGGUCAAUGGAACUGACUACAAUCACUCACUGGCAACCCUGGGCGAAAUCGUGCUGGGAAAGAUCCCAAUGCCAAAAGGCAAACUGCAGAGAAGGUGGCUGAAAGGUGUGUGGCUAGGAAAGUUGGACAGAGACGACAGCCAUGUAAUUGACACCUCAGCAGGUGCAAUUGCUGUGCGGUCGAUCCGCCGCUUGCCGAAGGAGGCCCAGAUCGACAAUGAACACAUGAGUGAAAUGAAGGGAAUCCCAUGGCAGCCAGGAGACGGCGUCCGACACAAAGUCGCCAGGGAAGUAUCGCAACCAGCGAUCAUUCCUGCACCAGCCGCUGCGGGUAAUGCCGCGUCUGCAGAAGGAAUAAAUGAAUCCCAUCCAACUUUGGCAGAAGAUGGAGAGAAGGUUGACGAAGAGGGGGCGGCAGUCGUUGCCGCAGCACAGCUUGAGGAGUUGAUCGGCCCAAUGGAAGAAGAGGGCGAACACUUCUCAGCGGGUGCUACCGCGGAAGACGAUAUGGUUGAUAGUCUGACUCCUCCGCCUUCUCCGCCGUCUGCAGCAGCAGUCUCGAGCGGGCAACCUCCGCCCUUCCGCGGUGCGGGUUGGUCAUCAAGUCUGCAAAGCCUUCCAAACGAGCCCACAAGUCCCAGUGAAGCAGAACCCAAGCAGUCCCGACAAGCAGGGAUCAUGCGACAUCUGACCAACCGAGAAAUCUGGGAAAAGAUCCAAGAUCGGGGAAACGCAGAGGAGGAAAGCAAUCCUACUGCAAUCCAACGGAUUUCCAAUGUGACGGACUUUGUGGAUCAACUUCUUGACCCACAAGAGCUAGAAAAAACGAGCAAAGAGCAGCUCGCCAAGCUGUGGGCAAGAGGCGCUUUCACGCCAGGCCACAAAACGGAAAUUCCGACUGGUUCCCAAGUGUUUUCUCACAAAUGGGUCGACAAGUGUUCCAAAGGGAGGCACAAGUCGAGAUUCACAUGUGCCGAUGUGAAAGCCCGAUAUAGUGCGGAAGAGGAGGACGGCCUGGAUGUGUUUGUGCCGACUCCGACACCUGAGUCGCACAAUCUCUUAGAGGUAUAUGCGCUGCAGAAUUGUGCAACGGAGGGCAAGCCCGUUUAUGUUCGUGCACCUAUCGAGUGGCACGACCUCUUCCUGGAGUGGCUCGAGACGCUCAAUCCUCAGGAACGAGCCUGGUACAAAGAGCGCUUCAAGGAAAUUUAUUUCCGCCUGGAUGAAAUCUUGGAUGGAAAUCUUUAUGGAAGAAGGACAGCAGGAUCGGUGUACCGCAAUGAGCUCGAAGAGAUUCUGUGCUCGCGGGUAGAUCCGCAGCAAUAUGCCUUUGUCAGGGGACAGAAGGACCCAUGUGUGUUUCGAUGCACAAAGUCAGGCUUUAUGCUGCUGCACCACAUCGACGGCAUCCGAGCUGCUGGACCAGAGAAAGCCUUAGCACAGCUUUUUGAAAAAGAGUUGCCCCGACUCUGCGAAGUUCAAGCGGGCGAACUCGAGCGGGAAGGCACCGCCGUGGAAUAUCUCGGUCGGACCAAGAUCCAACAAAGGCGUGCGGGAAGCCCCGCCUAUGGACUGACAGUUCAUCGGCAAUCCAAGCUUCAAAACGCAUUGGGCCUGGAGCCAAGCUGCGUCAUUUGGAGGUGCGAGAAGCGCUCCCGGGACUUGGAAUGUACGAACCUCCGAAAGAAGAAGACAUCCUUUCAACCUCAAAACAAAUUAAUCAAUGUGAAAGUAUCCCAAAUCAACAAACAGCCAACAUGGAAGACACCAAUCCCAGCUUCUGUCGCCUGGACACACAAGCAGGCAGAAGGAGCGGGAAAGACCGCCACGGUGACGCAAGGGAACGCCAAGGUCAAUGCCAUGAAGACCUUGGUACUCCUGAGCCAGAUCAAUGCUGUCGCAGCCCAACAGCAGGAAAUCAACACUUGGCAGCUGUUGAUCCUCUAUGUACUGGCAGCAAUUGGAACUAUCACCGUGUGGUGGAAAAUGUGUCAACUUGGCAGAUGGAUCGCGGACUGGCUCUUUCCUCUUGAGCCAGAGGAACCUGCUCCGACCCCGGAAGUUCAGCUGCAGAUCCAAGGAUCGCAAAUUCAGCUGACUAUGAGGCUCACCGCAAUCCGCAAUGGAAGGCAACUGGCGAUCACCACUGGAAAUGCUCGAAAUGCCGCGCCAGCGGAAACCCCGCGGCAGGAAGGAGUGGAACUGACUCCUCAAGCUGUCGAAAGGUGGCAUGAAGAAAAAUGGGUCCAAAGGGGAGCAGAAGCCAAUAUGACCCUAGAGGAAUUCAUCAGAUGGCGCAGGCAAGAAGAGCGACUGAUCCACGGUGAGGAUCCCGAUUCCGGAGAGCACAGGGAUGUCCCGCCGGAGCGGGAAGACCCGCCAGAGCGGUUUGACCCGCCGGAGCGGGCAGACUCGCCGCAGCGAGAGCCCGAGUCCCAACAAGACAUUGAGGACGUGACUCGAAGCGAUCCCUUCCAGAACAUGACGGAAGAGGAGCUCGCUGCGUGGCGAAGAGCCGAAGACCGGUUCUUAGGGAUGUAG